AUGUCGGGUUACCAGCAAAGGGCAGUUAAGGGUGCAGAUGGAAUUAAGUUUACUAAUAGGCUGACUUCGAGAUGGAGAGAUUGUCCCGGAUUAAUCAGUUCCACACUCUCUACUCAUUUGCUCAGAAGACCAUCACCUUUCCUUCCUGCAAUCUCUAAAGUUGUCCGCUUUCCUCUGAUCACCAGCCUUACUAACUCAGCCAAGAUGGAAAUGCCCACUCUCUCUGAAAUGCCUAAGCCUACUCCUGAUCUCAAUCAAGAGUCUUUGGACCCUAAGAUUGUCAUUGCCUUACUUGAAAUUGGAUCACCUCCCUCUGUCUCUUGGAAUUCUCUCCCUUCCCUAAGUAACAGUUGUCACCAAGAAACUGAACAACAGACUGCAAAGAAGUUUGAAAAUCUCUUAAAAGAAAUUAAAGAUAUUCUUAAAAAUAUGACAAGUUAUAAAGAAAAGAUCACAGAAGCAAAAGAGUCUUUUGAGGAAACCAAUAUCUCCGAGGAUGUGUCAGAACUUAGGAAAAAAAACAAAGGACUUGAUAAAAUAAAUAAAGUGCUAUUAAAAAACUUGCUUGGUUGUUUAGACCUAGACAACGAACAAAAUGCAAAGAAACAAGAGAUGAUAUUGGAAAACCAGAACUGGAAAGACACAGUACAAGGUUUUGCAAGGAAUGUGGUAAAUCAUUCAGAAGCAAAAAGAGCUCUUAUUGAAACUCAACUAAGUAAGGAAAAAGUAGAGUACAGAUUCCCUUAUGUUCAAGAUGAAAAUGUCAAACUUAGGAAAAACAUGGAGCAGUUACUACAGGAAGCAGAACGCUGGAGUGUGCAACAUACUGAGCUUAGUGGACUGAUAAAAUUGUAUCAUAGAUCUCAGAAAGACAUAAGAGUAACUCUUGAAAAUCGUGAGCUCCAUUUCCAAAGUCAACCGAAUAACAAGGUGUCGGCUAAUCAUGAGCUGGAGGCACAGGUGAGGAAACUGAACCAAGACACGUAUUCAUUGCAUUUGAUUGCAGCUUUGCUGGAGAAUGAAUGCCAAAUGUUACAGAAGAGAGUAGAACUUCUUAAGGAUGCCCAUCAUCAAACAAAUGGAACUUUGCAAGGGAAGCCAAUUCAGAUAAACUAUGAACAGGACAAGAAAGAACAGAAGUUAUCAGAAGCAGAGAAGGUAGAAAGGUAUAAGCAGAAAAUGCAAGAACUGGAAGGUACAUUUCAGAAAAGAGACAAAUUCUAUAGAAACCUGGAUGUUUGUCGUAAUAAGAAAGCUCGUAAUAACCGGUUCAAUAUUCGUAUUGCAAGAAGAGCUCUUUUGGGGAAAAAGAGGCCAGCCAGCAGCUUCAGAUAG